UACCAGACGUACCAUGGCGCAUGCUAUAUUGUAAUUCAUCGAUGUUUGAAAACUUGCCAAGGGGUUGUAUGUAAAAAAACCAUUCUAUUUUAAUAGUGAGGACAAAACCGCUCUUCCACCCAUCUGAACCUUAACCGGAAAACCACCUCGGGCUUGGGGAGAGCUCCCACCACCCCACCUGCAGCCAGAGACGACGAAAGCUCAAGACAGGAACCACGGAGAGAGAGAGAGACACACACCAGCGAAAACUUCAGGAGAUCCCACUACUCUAAUGGAGGACUUCACAAACUAGAGGUAGGCCAACAAUACCCCUAAACUAAUAAAACCUUCUCUUUCCCUUCUCCUCUCUUGCUGUCCAGCUGAUGUGAAGGUGGAAAGGGGACCUUGGUUUUUUCUCCCAAAGCUGUAGCACGAGUGUUGUACAUGGGCUGGGGAAUGGAUUUUGCCCAAAAAAUCUGAACUUUUAGCCUUUCAUCUUCUGUGUUGGCAUGUCUAUUGCUAUGUAUAAAUGGAUUUCAGCUGAAAGCUAGAAAAAAACUUCCGUGACAAAAAAAAAAAAAAAAAAUCGAAGUUACCCCCUUCAUGUUCUCCACCUGUUUUUUCUGGAUUUGAUCUAUUUUCCCUUUUUUCCUCAAAGAACGAUCAUCUUUUGGCGUACCCUUCUCCUCAAAUGAGUUGGAUCAGUCCUUUCACCCAAAAAAGUUCGAAUUUUUAGCCUUCCCCAGCUCCUCCAUUCAGAUGACCUGAGCCUGGUUCCAAACCAAGGAGAUGGUUGUCGUAUCCUCCCCAUCCACUGCCAGAACACCUUGGGCUCUGCUGCAAAUCGAGAGAAAGAUGGGAUUUUUACCUGCCUUCCCAUCUCCCCAACUCCAUAGCUUCCAGAGGGACUCACUCCCAUUCUCCUCCUCCCAGCCCCCACCAUCUUCCCCAUCCUCCGGCAGUAGAAUAAGCCCCGCAGUCCUCUUCAUCAUAGUAAUCCUGGCGGUGAUCUUCUUCAUCUCUGGCCUCCUCCACCUCCUGUUGAGAUUCCUCAUCAAGAAGCACCCCUCUGGUUCCUCUUCUAGCCAGUCCAAUGGGAACCAGGCGGCAGGGGACCUCUCGAGCUCGGAGGCCCUCCAGCGCCAGCUCCAGCAGCUGUUUCACCUCCAUGACUCGGGCCUCGACCAGGCCUUCAUCGAUGCGCUGCCCGUCUUCCUCUACAGGGAGAUCGUCGGCCCCAAGGAGCCCUUCGACUGCGCCGUCUGCCUCUGCGAGUUCGACGACGACGACAAGCUCCGCCUCCUUCCCAUCUGCGGCCACGCCUUCCACAUCAACUGCAUUGACACCUGGCUGCUCUCCAAUUCCACCUGCCCUCUUUGCCGGGGGUCCCUCUUCGUGCAGGGCCUGUCGAUAGAGAACCCAAUUUUCGAUUUUGAGGAGCUGAGGGGGGAGGGUGGAUUCGCCGGCGACCGGGAGGAUGGCUUCUCGACGCCUGGCGGUCAGAAGCCGGUGGAUGUGGAGGAGAUUGCUGCUGAGAAGAGAGUGUUCCCAGUGAGGCUUGGGAAAUUCAAGAACUUGGGCCGUAGAGAUGGUGGUGCCGGUGGUGAUGAUUUGGAUGGUAACGGCAAUGUCCAAGGUACUGUGAGAAGAGAGGAAGGGGAGAGUAGCAGCAGUAGCUUGGAUGCAAGGAGGUGCUUCUCCAUGGGCUCUUACCAGUAUGUACUUGGGGAGGCUAAUCUCCAAGUGGCUCUCUGCAGUGGUUCUACUAGGAUUGGUAAUGGUAGGGGUGUCAGAGGAAGGGGAGUUGGUGGAAAUCCAGCAAGUAAUGAGGUUUUGGAGGGGAAGAGGUUAGGGAUUGCUGGCAAAGGUGAGAGCUUUUCAGUGUCAAAGAUCUGGCAGUGGUCUAAUAAGAAGGAGGGGAAGCUCCCAAUCUCUGCAGAAGCUUCCUCUUUCGAUGGGGCAUUUCCAUGGGCUAGGAGAAGUGUUGGGGAUAUAUGAACCAUGUUUGUACUGUGAUAUUUGUUGUUGUUUUUUUGGUAUCAAUGGUGGUUAUUCAAUCCCAUCAUAAAAAUUCAUAGUUAUCCC